AUGCGUGAAAUUGUCCACCUCCAAACUGGCCAGUGUGGUAACCAAAUCGGUGCCAAGUUUUGGGAGGUUGUAUCUGACGAGCACGGUAUUGAGCGUGACGGUCUCUACAAGGGAACCAACGACCUCCAGCUCGAGCGUAUCUCUGUGUACUACAAUGAGAUCGGGGCCAACAAGUACGUUCCUCGUGCUGUCCUUGUGGAUCUAGAGCCCGGGACUAUGGACUCUGUCCGCUCUGGACCUCUUGGUGGACUUUUCCGUCCCGACAACUUUGUCUUUGGACAGAGCGGUGCUGGUAACAACUGGGCGAAAGGGCACUAUACCGAGGGUGCUGAGCUCGUCGACUCUGUUCUGGAUGUCGUGCGUAAGGAGGCAGAGGGAACCGACUGCCUACAAGGCUUCCAAAUCACCCACUCCCUCGGUGGUGGAACUGGUGCUGGUAUGGGUACUCUCUUGAUCUCGAAGAUCAGGGAAGAGUACCCCGACAGAAUGAUGUGCACGUACUCCGUCGUGCCCAGUCCUAAAGUCUCGGACACUGUCGUUGAGCCCUACAAUGCCACUCUCUCAGUACAUCAACUUGUUGAGAACUCUGAUGAAACGUUCUGUAUUGAUAAUGAAGCUUUGUACGAUAUCUGCUUCCGGACUCUCAAGCUCUCUACGCCCACCUACGGCGAUUUGAACCAUCUGGUCUCCAUCGUCAUGUCUGGCAUCACUACCUGUCUGCGAUUCCCCGGCCAGCUGAACUCUGAUUUGAGGAAGUUGGCUGUGAACAUGGUUCCUUUCCCUCGUCUGCACUUCUUUAUGACCGGUUUCGCACCUUUAACUGCUCGCGGAAGCCAGCAAUACCGUGCCGUGACAGUUCCUGAGCUCACGCAACAAAUGUUCGAUGCAAAGAACAUGAUGGCUGCCUCAGACCCUAGACACGGUCGUUACCUCACGGUGGCUGCUGUCUUCCGUGGCAAGGUCUCGAUGAAAGAGGUUGAGGAACAGAUGCAGAACGUCCAGAACAAGAAUUCUGCGUAUUUCGUCGAAUGGAUUCCCAACAACGUUCUUACCGCUCAAUGUGACAUCGCACCAAGAGGUCUUAAGAUGGCCGUUACAUUUUUGGGCAACUCCACCGCUAUCCAAGAGCUGUUCAAGCGUGUGAGCGACCAGUUCACGGCUAUGUUCAAGCGAAAGGCUUUCUUGCAUUGGUACACCCAGGAGGGUAUGGACGAGAUGGAGUUCACAGAAGCUGAAUCAAACAUGCAAGAUUUGGUUGCUGAGUAUCAACAAUACCAGGAUGCAACUGUGGAAGAAGACGGCGAGUACGAAGAAGAGCUUCCUGUUGAGGAAGACUAG